AUGAAUGUUAUCCUAAGGAAUGUAUAUGUAGAACUUCCUAACGGUUCUGGCGUUGAGAGACAUGUAUCUGAGCACUAUCUGUCUUCUGUUUUCAGCCCAUAUCAGGAAAAAGGUGUCAUGCAGAAGCUAGUUGGUGCCCUUCGGGAGCUGAGGUGUUUGCUGUCUAAAUCAGAAUUCCCUCUUGUUGAUGCUGCUCUUAAAGCUGGAGCAAUUGCCUUGCUUGUGCAAUGUCUCUCAUUUGGCUCUCCAGAUGAACAGUUACUUGAGGCAGCAUGGAGCCUUACAAACAUCGCAGCAGGAAAAUCAGAAGAAACAAAAGCAUUACUGCCUACAUUACCGCUGCUUAUUGCAUAUCUUGGAGGUUUGUGAUGGUUGGUGUAUUCUUUUUAGUGUCAAGAAAUUAUUUUUUCGCCUUCUUGUCUCAAUACUUUAUGAUAUAAGUAUGUUGGUUUCAGUGAUGUGAACCCAUACUGGGACAACAAUAUAAGGUUAAUCCGAGUGAUAAUGAAAAGCCACUUUAACUUCAAUAAUUAAAACAUUUGUUUCUUGAAAUUUAAUAAUUCUGAAAAUUAUAGCCUAGUAAUUCAUGGGUAUGUGCGUAAUUUUCUUUCCUUGUUUUAUCAGAUAGUUGCUUGAAACUCUAGUGGAUCAACAUGAUACUUUAGUUUUGGCAUUUAUAGUUGCAUUUCCGUGUAGAAAAGAGUUCCUUUCCUGUGGCUGCACAGUGUGCACGGGCAUUGGAAAAGUUUGCUGUUGUAGGAGAAGAGUUGAGAAGUGUUUUGCUAUCUCAAGGAGCCUUACCACCUCUUGCAAGAAUGAUGCUGCCAUACAAGGGUUCAACUGUGAGAACAGCUGCCUGG